AUGGGUCUUCCCUACAAUGCAAAUUGUGAAAAAUUACUCCAAGAUCGAUUAAGAGCUGAAGAAUUAUUGCAACUAUUUAAUAAUUACAAACCUAUUGACGAUGAAUGUUACAUAGUACCACAACCACCAUUUUAUUGUGAUUAUGGUUAUAACAUGCACAUCGGCAAUAGUUUUAUUCGAAUUUUAACGGAUUGUAAUCGUGUGGAUAUUAGGGACCGACUGGAGGAGAGGGUUAAAGGUGACGAACUUGCAUUUCCUAUUAAGAUCGGAAACGAUGUUUGGAUAGGAGGCGGCGCAAUUAUUUGCCCUGGAAUCACUAUUAGUGAUGGGUUCGUGGUAAAUAUAACAUAG